GCCCUUGUCUUUACUAGUGCUAUAACUGAUAACAAGAUCACACCUACAUCUAGUUAUCAUGAUAGAUAACAUUCAAUUAUAACAAUCUCGAUUAUAAAUUCUCUUAUAAAUAUCACAUUAAAAAACAAUUGGAUUAUUAGUUAGCAGACUAGAUAGCGUUACUCUUGUGCGUCAUGAAGUGCUUGUUGCUUUUAUUCGUCCUUAUAGCAGCAUGUGCUGCAGGCGUCCUCAAAGACCCUGUACAGGGUUACAAGGAAGGUGACAGGUACUUCUAUUUCCCGGGAGAUGGCGACGACACUCUCCACCUUGUCGAUGCGGAGGAGCCAGUUGAUUUAGAUUUCAUUGAAGAAUAUACCCGAAAUCCAGCUAACAACGGAUAUUGGCUUUUCACCAGAUCUAAUCCCGGUUCGGCCCAAGUCUUAGUUCAUGGCAAUGCAGCCUCCGUGAGCAACUCAAAUAUCGAUUUUGCAAAGACUACAGUAUUCCUUGCUCAUGGUUGGAACGGUGAUGGUGGAAACACGAUGAACAAACUGCUCACGGAAGCAUUUCUGCAGAACGAUGACGUCAAUGUUAUUGUCCUCGACUGGAGUCGUUUAGCAAACAGGGGCUACACUACAGCAAAGCGCGGAACUUCCGAAGUUGGUAGAGGACUCGGUCGCUUUGUGAACUGGCUCGCCGAAUUGGGAUUGUCAUACGAAAGAGUUCACUUGGUAGGAUUCAGUCUUGGUGGUCAUCUUGUAGGAAACGCCGGAAGGGAAACUGGUUCCAGAGUGAAGAGAAUUACAGCUUUGGACGCCGCUGCUCCACUUUGGGGCACAGACCGCAGCCGUCUAGCGCGUACUGAUGGUCAGUAUGUAGAAGUGAUGCAUACUGAAACUACUGUACUAGGAUGGGGUGAUCCGUUGGGUGACGCUGACUUUUACCCUAACGGAGGCUCUAACAUGCCUGGCUGCUGGGCUAUUGGAAUUUCAUGUUCCCACAGCCGUUCCUAUAAAUACAUGGCCAGCUCCGUGAAAUACAAUCACCUUCUUGCCAACGAAUGCAACAGUCUAAGGGACGCUAAUCGCGAUAGAUGUCAUGGUGACUUACACCCCAUGGGCAAUAGCGAUCUCAACAAAUCUCUAACUGGAAUAUUCAGAGUCAACACUGGCAGCAAUUAUCCAUACUAACUGAAUAAUGAUGGCGUUUACAAAAACAUUAAAUUAAAUCUGUUAACCGAUCUAAAAUAAAUAACUGUCUCCAACCGAA